AUGGACACCAUCCUCGCCAACCACCGACACUUGUCCUCGAUGCCGUACAACAACUGCAACACACGCAUCGUGUCCCUACGGGACCUCGACCUGCCCGAGCAAGCAUCCGACGACGAAUACCGCAGGAUAUACCAGGAAUACACGGCACAGUCAGACCCAAACGCCGCUCUCCUCCGCGAAGCCAUCGAGUCAAUCAAACACGGCCUCGCGCCGCCCGUGGCCUUUCCCACGGAAACGGUCUACGGCCUCGGCGCAGAUGCGACCAACGAGCCCGCCAUCUCAGGCAUCUUCGCCGCCAAAGGCCGCCCCAGCGAUAAUCCGCUCAUAGUGCACGUCUCGUCCGUCGCACACCUCGAGCGCCUUACAGGCGAACCACUCCCCGAGAUCUACCGGUCCUUGACCCAGGAAUUCUGGCCCGGACCCCUGACAAUUUUACUCGGUAUACCACAAAACUCGUCCUUCGCGAAGAAUGUCCACCCGGCGCAAUCGACAAUCGGGUUUCGCAUCCCAUCGUCCAAGUACGCAAGGUUCUUCAUCGCUGCGACGGACAGACCCAUCGCAGGACCCUCGGCUAAUUCCUCGGGUAAACCGUCGCCCACGACGGCGCGGCACGUUCUUGACGAUCUACGCGGCAAAAUCAAUUUCAUUCUAGACGGUGGGCCAUGCGACGUCGGCGUCGAGAGCACCGUCGUCGACGGCCUGCAUGAUCCACCACUGAUCUUGCGGCCAGGCGGCGUCUCGCAGUCCGAACUGGUCGCGCACGGCAAGGCUGUUGGGAACAAUUUCGUACAUACGGCGAUCGGGUAUAAGCGGCACGACACUACUUCCACUUCGUCUACAUCUUCAUCGUCGCCGUCGCCCUCGGUCGACCCGGGCUCAGAUCCUGCGCAUCCAAGCUAUGAAGAGGACGCGAACGGCGCACCUCGUGCUCCGGGCAUGAAAUACCGCCACUACUCGCCGGAGGGCCGCUUGAUCUUGUUCUCGGAAAAGGCAGUCCCAGCGGGUAAAGUUCGAGCGAAGCUUGACGAGAUCAUCCAGCAGUCUGGUAAUGUGCCUCGAGAAGACGGGAUCAACGUGCUAAAAGUCGGCGUCAUAUCCUGCCACUGGCCCGCCUUCGCUGGACUUCCUGUCUCGUCGACCGAAACAAAUGGUGUGCACCCACAACUCGAAGCCUCGAUUUAUGCUCCGACGACUUCGAUUGCGACGUAUGCUGGCCCCGACAAUGGAUCAAACACGGAGAAACGCGUACGGGCAACUCUGUACAACGUCCAUAUCGGAUCUGCGAUCACAGGUCUGGCACACUCGCUAUUUGGUGUACUCCGACUCUUCGAUGACCUAGGGUGCUCGAUCAUUUUUGCGGAGACGGUGAAGAGGGCCACCAGUAGCGCGGCAUCAACGCCCGCGCUUGACACGGAUAAAGAUGUUCAAGAGGGCCAGGUCCGCGAUAUUGAGGACGCGGUCAUAGACAGGAUAGAAAAGGCUGCGGCCGAGAGGGUAGACUGA